UCUAUCACAGUGACCUGUGACAUUCAGUGAUCACAACUCUAAAAUAUGUAGAUAUUCCACAUUCAAAUUCGAUUCCGAUAACAAAAAUAAAGUCAAGUCCAACAGAAAAUAGUUCAGGAUAAAGGAUAAGCAAAACGGAACAACAAAGGAACAAGUGGCCAGCGAUCAUCACCAGCCUCAGCAGCAGCAACAGCAGCACCAGCACCAUCAGCAGCAGACAGCGGAUCAACUCGUCCUGGAUAUCAGCAUGGAGCAGUCACAGUCGCAGCAGCACCGCCUCUAUGGCGCCCUCACACGCACCAUCUCACAGCCGGCUCAACAGCGCCACCCUCUGCACCAGCAGCAGAUCCAACAACAGCAGCAGCAGCAACAGCAGCAGCAGCAGGGUGUUGCCUCCUUGGUGACCAUCAUUGAGAAUCUGGGGAACAUGAAUCUGCACCGUAAGCUCCAGCGCACACAGUUGGAGCCGCUGCUCCAACAGCCCAUGAACAUAUCUCGCUACAAGACGGAGCUGUGCCGCCCGUUCGAGGAGGCCGGCGAGUGCAAGUACGGAGAGAAGUGCCAGUUCGCGCACGGCUUCCACGAGCUGCGCAACCUGCAGCGCCAUCCCAAGUACAAGACAGAGUACUGCCGCACCUUCCACAGCGUCGGCUUCUGCCCCUACGGGCCGCGCUGCCACUUUGUGCACAACGCGGACGAGGCCCGCGCUCAGCAGCAGGCCGCAGCCCAGGCGGAAGCGGAUUGGGAGGACAGGCCAAGCAGAUGCUGCAGAAGACCAUGAGCACGCCGAUGCAGCAGGAGGAGAUGCCGCGCUUGCCCGUCUUCAACCGCCUGAGCUCUGCCGUGGAGGACUACCAGCAGAAGCUUCAGUCCAGCCUACUGCCCUAAGCAGCUCCAGCAUCAGCAUCAACACGAACAUCAACACAGUCAAGCCACACCUCACCUUCGCCUUCGCCUUCGCCCUCGCCCUCGCCCAUUCACCCAGCAUCCCCCAAUCCUUUGUACAACAAACAAGCACAGAAACACAAAACAAAAUCGUACGACCGUCAAUAUGUGGCCUUAUCAAAUGGAACCCUUUACUCUACGCCUUACGCCCCACAUCGUCUUCCCUUUAAA